UACCGGAUUUUGUCAACUAUGGCGACAGUUUCAUCCAGUAUCGCAAGGAACCAUGCUCGUGAUUCAACUUAUGCAGUAUCAGUACUGCCACACCUAAUGGAAUGCAGUUGUUUCAUAUUGUUAUCAUUUCCUGCUGUGACAAGUCAAAAUUUCUGCUGUAGUUAGACUGUGACUGAACAUGCACAUGUUGUAGAAUAACUACAUCAUUUGAUUCAACCGACAGAGGGGGCAGCAGUGAGUAAUGUGAGCUACAUUUUGAGAUUUUAUUGCAAAACUAGAUCGUCGGCUAUGCCGAACUGCAGGCUAAAGUGACUCCAAAACAACACGUGAACAUGAACAAUGUAGCUCGUCUCUGCUGAUAAAUAUAAAAUCACAUAUAUCUAAAUAGAGUUUGGCGGCGUGACAAACGACCACUAACUACCACAGUUUGACGGAUUAUUUGAUUUAUUACGUAAAUGGAUUGUGGUGCAACCGUACAGUCUAUGGGUGCAACACUGAAGACUAUAUCCUGCAGCAGUGUGAGUAUGUGUGUGUUUUUGCCACGGUGGCUUUGGCUCAGGGUUUCACGGUGACGCGCUCAUGAGCUGCAGACUCACGAACGCGCGUCGUCCUUUCGUAUGGAUGGGAUCAGCAAGAGGGACGCGAAUGAAAGACUGCUGUAAGAUUUUCUCCACCUGCCCUCACCUCUACAUGCAGCAGCCUCACCGAUAGACACAGCAACCAGCCUGCAAGAGGAGUGCUGUCAGGAGUGGAAAAUAUUUGGCUGCCCAGCCAAUGCUACAUUUUGUGUCAUAUCGCCUUUGUCCCUGAAUUAGUGGCUACUAGUUGACAGCAUCAAGUCUGUUACUGAGAGCAGUCCAACGGCAGCCGCUGCUAACAGCACGCCACUCAGCUUGAUUGGUUGUAAUCCAGAUGCCAGAGGACUCAAAUACAAGACCUCACUGAAGAAAAGUGUCUGAGGAAACAAUUGCUGUUUUUCUUCGUCAUUCUUGAAGUUUUGUUUGGUAGCUUUUGUUGGAUCAAGUGCAAUCAUGGGGGCCACAGGCUACGGCUAUUAUCGCGUAGUCAUCUUCAUCUGCAUGUUCAUCGGCUACUCGCUGUACUUCUUUAACAGGAAGACUUUCUCCUUCGUCAUGCCCUCUGUGAUGGAGGAGAUUGAACUGGACAAAGAUGACUUGGGUCUGAUCACCAGCAGCCAGACCAUGGCCUACGCCAUCAGUAAGUUUAUCAGCGGUGUGCUGUCGGAUCAGAUCAGCGCCCGUUGGCUUUUCUCCAUCGGCCUCUUCUUGGUGGGGGGCAUCAACAUAGCCUUCUCCUGGUCCUCCACUGUGUCCAUGUUCUCACUGCUCUGGUUCAUCAAUGGCCUGGGACAGGGCUGUGGCUGGCCCCCAUGUGGGAAAGUGCUGCGCAAGUGGUAUGAGCCAUCCCAGUUUGGAACAUGGUGGUCUGUGCUGUCCUGCAGUAUGAACCUGGCUGGGAGUCUGGGUCCAAUCCUGGUCACAGUGCUCCUGCAGUACUAUGACUGGAGGACCAUCCUGACCAUGUCAGGCAUUUUCUGUGCCGCCUUCUCACUUGUUUGUCUGGUGUUUGUAAAGAAUGAGCCAAAGGAUGUGGGCCUGCCCAGCAUUGAGGCAGCAGCCAAGAAGGGGGCAAAGGGAGGCAACAGUGAGAGCACCCUGAGUGAAUUCCUCCUCUCUCCUUUCCUGUGGGUGCUGUCUCUGGGCUACUUGGUGGUGUUUGGGGUGAAGACGGCUGCCACUGACUGGGGACAGCUGUUCCUCAUGCAGGAGAAAGGCCAGACCGCUCUUAUGGGAAGCACCUACAUGAGUGCCUUGGAGGUGGGAGGUUUUGUGGGCAGCCUCGCAUCAGGCUUUAUCUCAGACAGAGCCGUAGCUCGGCAAGGUUUGGGCACACACGGCAACCCUCGCCACGGUCUGCUCAUUCUCAUGAUGGCUGGUAUGUAUGUGUCCAUGUACCUCUUCAGAGUCACCAUCACUCCUGAAAUACCAGAGGAGGCUCCUCUUUGGGUCCAAGUGAUUCAUCCUGUGUCUGUGCUCAUCGGUGUGUCAGAAAAAGAGAUCUGGAUCCUCUUCCUCGGUGCUAUGUUUGGAUUUUCUUCUUACGGACCAAUUGCCUUGUUUGGAGUUAUAGCCAGUGAAAGUGCUCCUUCUAAUUACUGUGGAACCUCUCAUGCUGUUGUAGCCCUGAUGGCUAAUGUGGGUGCUUUUAUGGCGGGGCUUCCCUUCAGCACUAUUGCCAAACAGUACAGCUGGGACAUGGCCUUCUGGGUAGCUGAGGUGACAAUGGCCAUCGCAACUGUUGGGUUCUUCCUUGUACGCAACAUGCGUACCAAAAUGGGACGAAUCGCAGAGAAAAUGGACUGAUGUACCUGACUGAAAUGAGCCAACUGUCAAUGUCCAUUUAUGUGACUGGACAAACUGUGUUUUUGCACUGUUGAGUUCUCUCUAUACAGAAUACCGCACAUUAAUACAAUACUCCAAUUUGACCACACUAAAUCAAGAGAGACAGAUCUCAGACAUUUUGUCCUGAUUUAUUGGGUUGAUGUAGAUACUCAGGGUGGGUGUAGGUCAUUAAAUCACUCCAAUUUUGUAAUCUGGUUCUUUUGUCACACACAUUUCAAUUUGUCCUCAUAUUCAAGAUACACUAGAUCAUACUUGUACAUCACAUGCUUACAUUUUAGUGCUUCUACUUGAUUCUGGAAGCAAUUUUCAUGUUGAGGUAUUUAAAAGUUGCUUUAUGACAGCUGUGUGCUAAAGAGGACAUAGACAUGAAAGUCUGUACAGCUUUGGCUGGGUUUUGGUGAGAUGAAGUGAAUGUGUGCUGCUCACUGCAUACCCUGCCUUCAGUGCAGGUCAGUUAUAUUUAACUAAUUGAAUGUUCACUGAUGGGUCUGUUUAUUCUAGACUAUUAUUUGUCUAGCUAUUUGCACAAAUGUUGUAGCAUGUAUCAUGAUUAUUGAUCAUUUUACUAAUACCUCAAGUAUUUGUAAAGAAAAUGUCAUGGGUUCAUUAUUUCACUGAAAUGAAGCAACUGGAGAAGAUGUUAUUUUUAUACACAGUUCUGUGGUAAAUGAUACAGAAUAUCACUUUAACAUAUUGUUCUAAGACCAUGUCAGUUUUUGUGACCUGACAUGUUUUUAAGGAACUAUAGACAUCUAACCUUUGCUACAGGUGUUUAGUCACUGCCAUUGUAGUGUCCAACAGUAAUAACACUAGAUUAUAUACUGCUAACUGUGUCACCUCUAAAAUCUGAGUAUUGUCAGCUCUAAUAAUAAGGGGUUUACUCUCAGUGCCGCUUUGGCAAAUCUGUACCUGACUGGAAUUGUACACUUGACUUGAAAAGGUUAAGGAAAUCUAAUAAAUGUGAAGUUUACUGUU